AUGAUAUUGCCAUUUUAAAACUUCAGGAACAAGGAAUUAAAAUUAAAAAGGGUUUAUAUCAUUUUUAUUUUGAAAGCUCACACUGCAGAUGAAAUGCAAUAUUUUGAAGAAGCAAUGUUGAAUUUUGAUUUGGAUACUUUAAAAAAUGUGGAAAUUUCUUUUUAUUAUAAUGACAAAGGUUUAAAUAAGAAUUAUCAAUAAGCUACUUCGUUAUAUUAUUUAAAUCGCUUAGAAGAUGCUUUAUAUGCUUAAAAUCAAGCUAUUCUAUGUAACCCAGAUAUAUCACAUUAUUAUUAUAAGAAAAGUAAUAAAUUAAUAAUAAUAAAUUAGGUUAUUUGUUACAUAAUAUGGAACGUUAUUAAGAAUCAUAAAACGAAAUUAACAUUGCAAUUCAGAAAAAUCCAAACUAAAUUAGUUAUAUAAAAGAAAAAGGUUUAAAUUCUUUUUAAAAAUUAUGAAGCAAGAUUUUUAUACGAAAUUGGUCAAUACUAAAAUUCAUUGAUUGAAUAUGAGCUUUGCAUUUAGAGAGAUCCUGAACAUCAUGUGUCUAUUAAUGGAAAAGGUAAAAAUUAAAAAAAAAAAGGAAAUUGCCUGUAUAAUAUGAGGCGAUAUUAAGAAGCUUUAUACUAGUAUAGUCUAGCUUCAUAAAAAGAUCCAUAAAAUCCAACUUAUUAUAGAAAUAAAAGUUUAGUAAUUCAUUUAUUAGAAGCUCUACCUCUGGAGAAAUUGAAACGCUAUGGAGAAGCUUUAAUUGAGAUUGAUUUAGCAAUUGAGAAAUAUCCUUAAUAUUUAAAAUAAAAACCUUUUUAUGUAGAUAGAACAGCACAUUACUAUUUUGAAAAAGGUUUCCAAAUUUCUCAUAAUAGGAAAUAUUUUAAUGGAAAUGGAUUAAUAUGAAGAAGCUAUAAUUUAAUACGACAAGGCUAUUUAGAUAAAUCCAGAAUAUUCUAACUCUUUUUAAGGAAAAGGUACUUAAUAUUUAAAGAAAAAGGAUAUGCAUUCUAUAAAUUGAAUAGAUAUGAUGAUGCUCUUCUUCAAUUCGAUUAAGCGAUUAGUAAGAAUCCUGAAAAUUCUGAACAUCAUUAUGAAAAAGGUAAAAUUUGUAAAGUAUUGAAGGAAAAUUUUUGAUGAAAAUAAAUAAAUUUGAAGAUGCUUUAAUACAUUUUAAUUUUGCUAUUUUAUAAAAUCCUAAGAAUGCUGAAUAUUAUUAUGAAAAAGGUAAUUUUUAAUUUAAUAAUUUAAGCGAAUACUUUAAGAAAAAUGAAUCGUAUUGAUGAAGCCAUAAAUUAGUAUGAUGAUGCUAUUUAGAGAAAUUUCGAAAAAUCUGAGUAUUAUUAAGGAAAAGGUACUAAAUAAUUAAAUUUCAAAGGAAAAAUAUUAGCAGAAAAUUUUAGAUAUGAUGAAGCUCUUCUAUAAUAUGAUUAUGCCAUUAAUAAAAAUCCUGAAAAUUCUGAAUUUCAUUAUGAAAAAGGUAAAAUUUGUAAAGUAAUUAAGGAAAAAUUUUGGAAAAAAUGAAUAAAUAUGAAGCAGCUUUAACACAUUAUGAGUGUGCUAUUAAUCAAAAUCCUAAAAAUGUUGAAUAUCAUUAAGCAAAAGGUUGUUGAAAAUUUAAUAAUUUAAGAAAAUGCAUAAAAUACUAUGAACAAUCACAAUGGAGUCAUAAUUUAAUCAAAUUCGGAUAAUUAUAAAACUCAAUUUUAAAUAUUAAAAUCAAAAGAUUACAUGGCAAAAUGA